AUGCAGCCUUGGGAGAAUCCUCAUUUUCACCAGAACCUUAUCCCGGGUGGGGCCCAGCUCAGUGAGCAGCCUCAGCAAACAAGAAGGAUUGUCUAUAAAUUCCUGCAAAGUCUCCUCCAGAAAGACCCUUCACAGGUUGUCAUCACACUUGCCUCCAGUUCAGGUUUGAAGGAACUUCUUUCCUAAACGGCUAUGAAACCAAAUUUCCUUCAGCUCAUUUGCCAGGUGCUUCAAAAAGCAUGCAGCUCCCGAAUGGAUAGACAGAGUGUCCAACAGCUUCUAGGAGUGCUGAAGGAGUCCUGCUUUCUCAAGAUUUGUCUGCCACAGUAUGUGUCUGACAUGUUAACUGAAGCAAUCCCUGCUGUACAUCAUCAGUACCCUUAGCAUAUUAGCAACAUCCUUUCACUUCUUCAGGACCUGAUCAGUAUUUUCCCAGCCAGCUCUGUGCAGAAAAUCUCCAUUCUCUUGACAGUCUUGCCAGCAUCCAUAAAUGCUCUGAGUGCUUCUGGUGUGGACAUCACAGAAGAAACGAAGAAUCUAAAUAAAGUCCAGAUGUUUGUGCAGCACCUGCAAAAAAAAAGACACGAAGGCAUGCUGAGGGCUGACAUCUAUACUCUUAGGCAGCUUCGGACUGAUGGUCAAGAAGAAACAUAUCAUACAAUGGCCAUUUAUGCAACAUACAAUGAGGUGCCCCAUGAUGAGAAACCCUUUCUCUGUCCAAAUAUUGUUAUGGGAAGAUAUGACAGCACCAGCAUUUAUCUUGACACCCAUUUCCAGCUUUUGACAGAAGACUUUGUAAGGCCUUUAAGGGAAAGUAUCUUGGACCUUUUGCAGAGCUUUGAGGACAAAGGUUUGAGAAAGAAAAAAUUUGAUGAUAUUAGGAUCUACUUUGAAAUAUGGAUUAUUACCCCUGCCUGUUCCCCAACUGGAACUGUUUACAAGGCCCAAUUUGAUAAAAAAACAUUGAAGUUUGUACGAUGGCAGAAUUCCAAAUGGUUGCUAUACAGUUUAUCCCUUUCAUUCCCAGGCAUAUACACAUUUCAGAAACAUGGGAUGGUGCGUGUUGGGGGCAAAAGUAGCAGUGAGGUCCUGAAGCAAUUCACCUUGAGGGAGCUGAGGAAGAAAUGUGAAUUUCAGUACAAUUUGCCAAUGCAUCCCUGUAGAGCUUACGCGAAUGUAAAUGCAGAUAUGAAACAGGUUGAGCAGGAGCUCCAUGAGGGAGCGAAGCAUUUAGAAUGCACAACAUACUGAGUUCUGCAUGAGCGCCACUUGGAAGCAUGCAUCGCACCCCAGCACUGGGACAGUCUUGAUGAGUGGUCUGGUAAGAGAGGUGAGGAGUUUUACUACAGUGCUUCACAACACUUAAUGAUUCUGGAGCGACUGGGCCCUGGUGUAACUGUCUUUACUCAGAAUGCUGUAGCGAAUAUAGGGGCUGAGAAUCCAGGGAGAGAGUAGGAGUGGGAAGGUGAAGCAGAAGGUGGCCUUUUGGAGAUCCUGGAGGAGGUUGACCUGAUUCAAGCUGACAGAGUGAUUGAGUGUGAAGAGGCAGCAAAGCCUCAAGGAAGAAAGGAAGAAGAGCACAGAUCUGUUCAUGAACUAGCCAACAUGCUGUUGGCUGUGAAGCUGGAGGACCAGGAAGAAGGAACAGCCCAACCACAACAGAAGACUAUGCAGUGGGAGAUAACUGUGGCCCAGAGGAAGAAAAUUAAACAGAAGAUGAAGGUUGAACUCCGUAAACUGCAUGCAGUGACGGAGUUAGAGGCAAAGGCUAUUUAGGAUCUGUGGCAACUUGACCUGAGCUCCUGCCAGAGGCUUUACAGGCUUUGGCUGCAGACCUAUCAGGGGUUUAUUUGAUGGAGGAUUCUGCAGAAUGAGCAGCAAUAUCAAGCAGCCACAGAAAGGCUGACAGAACUGAGGCUGCAGGAAGAUCUCUGCAUUCUCGAGCAAGCUCAAAUUGUGGGGGUGACAACUCCAGGGGCACAACUGUAUCUAACUUUGAUAUUUAGCACUGAUGCAGGAAUCCAGUCUCUGGCCUUUCUAUGGGAGAUCAGUGACCAAAAAAAGAGAUGAGUGAAAAAUCUUGCUAAUACACAGGAAAAUUUCUAAAACAUGGACCUCCUAUCCUUUCUUUUUCAGUCGCGGCCUAGUGCAAAUGUGUAUGACCAGGCCAAGAACUUCAGUCUGGAAGUCUCUCUCUUUGACUGGUUGGUGAAAGUCAAUUUCCCCUUUGUCUGUCUGAAAUAGCAACACUACAUGCAUCCUGAAAUUGCCUGACUUCUCAGUCCUCGUAUAUACCAGGAGCUGGACAAUCAUCCCUCUGUCCUGAAGUAUGAGACAUAAAAGGGGUCUUACCUCUUCUUUAUGGAACGUGACUUUCCUGAGCAAGAGAUCCACGAAGGAAAAAGCCACCAGAACCACGAGGCCCAGUUUCUAGUGGACCUGUGCAAAAUAUUCUUGUGUCAGGAUUAUCUACCUUCUCAGAUCGCCAUUCUCACUACUUAUACUGGACAGCUUUUCUGUCUGUGUAAGCUCAUGCCAGCCAAGAUCUUUUCAGGUGUGAAGGUUCAUAUAGUAGAUAAAUACCAGGGGGAGGAGAAUGAUACUAUUCCGCUGUCACUUGUGCAGAGCAACAAAGAAGAGAGAACUGGCUUCUUGCAGAUCCCUCAUUGGAUAUGUGUAGCAUUAUCCAGAGCUAAGAAAGGGCUGUAUUGCAUUGGAAAUAUGAGAAUGCUUGGGAAGGUUCCUCUGUGGAGCAAGAUCAUUCAUACCCUUUGGGAGAAAGGUCACAUUUGCCACUUAUUGGUGCUUUACUGUCGAAACCAUCCUGAAACCAAGACACUAGUAUCUACUGCAACAGAAUUCAGCAAGGUCCCAGAAGGAGGCUAUAGCUGUCCCUGUGAAUUUAGGUUGAGUUGUGGACAUAUUUGCCCAAGGACCUGUCACCCAUAUGACAUACAGCACAAAAAGUAUCAGUAUCUGAAGCCUUCUGGAUGGGUGCUUUGUGCAAAUGGGCUUUGCUGUCCACUGUCAUGUUAUGAGCCCUGUGGACCAUGCAUGGUGAUAAUGCAGAAAACUAUUUUUAAGUGUGACCACAUGCAGAUGGCGACCUGCUUCACUCCAGACAGUGAGUUUCCUUGUUGAGAACCUUGCCAGGAAAAGUUGAACUGUGGGCACUCUCGCAACAAAUUCUGUGGGCAGGCAUGCACAGAGCAAUGUCCUGAGCUGGUUAUAGUAGUCACACUGAAAUGUGGCCACAAGCAGCAAGUUAAAUGCUGGAUCACUGAGGAGAUAAAACAUGAGAAGCCCAUGGAAUAUAAAACUAAGUGUUCUGUCAAAACUGGUCAUAUAUGCUCAGGUUCCUGUCAUACCUGCUUUGAAGGAAAAUUUCAUAAGCCAUGUAAAAGCCUGUGCAAGUGCUUCUUGGUUUGCUCUGAAAAGUGUCAGCAGCUUUGUACUACAGAACGCCCUCUCUGUCAGCUGGAAUGUCAAAACCACUGCACCCACAGUAGGUGUAAAAAGAAAUGCAGAGAGAGCUGUCUUCUGUGUGCUGAGCCAUGCGAGUGGUAGUGCCAGCAGUACCAGGGUACCAAACUUUGCUGUGAACCAUGCAGUAGACCUUGCUGCAAUGUACUAUGUGCCAAGCUACUGUGCUGCAGUCAUCCUUUUAUUGGAUUUUGUGGAGAGCCCUGCACAAAGAAGUGCCUUGUUUGUGACCGUGAGGAACUCAUCCUGAUCUUUUCUGGCUUCGAAGAAGACCAAGAUGUACAGCUUGAAGACUGUGGCCGUAUCUUUGAGUCCCAAGGCCUUGACCAUUAAAUGGAAGAAGAUGAUGAUGUCAUCAAGCUGAAGGUAUACCCUAUCUCUUACAUACCCAUCAGAAAGAAUGUGAGAUAUGGCACCAUUGUGAAAAGGUGGCUCAAUGAGAUAGAAAAGGUGAAAAAGAGAAGCCGAGGCCUAGCACAGGAAGCCGAGUCUAAAAGACUGCAGGCUGCACUUGCAGGGAAUGCUGUUCUAUGCAUAGGAGUUCUUAAGUAUCUCAUGCUGCAGGAUAAACUAAAAGCUGAUGAUCUCUCUACAAGGAGUAUAGACUUCUACAAGCGUGUAUCAUACCUAACCAAUUCUAUAAGCAAAAUCGAUGCAAGUGAGAGGAGGAGGCUGAGAAAGCGGCUGGAUGAAGUCCAGGGGUGGCUGGAUAAGUUACAGCUCAGUUUUACAGCACAGGAGCUCUCUGACCUGCAGCCUGACCUGGAAAAGUGCAGAGGGGCAAGUGCAACAAUCGACCCAGCGCUUGCAGCAGAGAUUGCCAGUGCCUGUGAGAUCGUGGAAGGGACAACGAAGUUCACAGAGAAAGAUGAGGGUGCUGCGAAGGCUGACCUGGAGAGGCUUUGCACUGCCUUGCCUGUGUCAGGAUUGGAGCAGGUGCAGAUUGUCAAUGCUAUUGGCUGUCCACCUGGAGACUGGUUCAAGUGCAGCAAUGGGCAUAUCUGUGUGAUUGGGAACUGCGGGGGGACAGCGGAGAGGAGCAAGUGCCCCGAGUGCCACACAGUCAUCGGCGGAACAAACCACGCCAGGUAUAUUUGAUCUGCAUUCAUCAUGUUCAGAAAUAACACCCCCGCCUCUGAGAUGAACUGUGCCACCCACGCAGCCUGGUCUGAGGCGGCCAACGGCCUGCUCAACGCGGGGAGCUGCGCUGGCG